AGACAGUUAAUUCUGUGUUUUUCCUCAAUAAAUGCUUUAUUUGUUUCUAGAGCUUGGGUACUUCACUUUGAAUACCUUAAUUUACAGCAUUUAAUUGAAUAGUCUUUAUUAAGAUGGCAGGUUCUUUCUAACAUUUAACAUGUAAUUAUUGUGACUGAAGACCAUUUUCAUUGUCUUCUAGUAGGAAAGAAAAGUUGAGAUGAGCAUCUUUCUGCUCUAUGGGUUAUGUUACUUUGAACUGAAAAGCCGAGAAAGAUGGCAGCUCGCUUGGUUCAACGUUACUCCCGCCUGCUCGGAGCCGCAGCAUCGCUUGUCUUGGCGCCAUGUGCUCACGCACCGGAGUGUUUGAAACUUUGUCAUCUGACUCAGCCACUGCUACUGCGUAACACCCUCCAUACAUCCUCUCUGUGUAGACAUUCAGACAAACUCCUAACCAAAGAACAAAACUUAAACACUCCCGUGGUGCUUACAGAGUUUGAUUCUGACCUUCUAGCUGCCUCCGGGUUGGAGGAACUCUUACAGCUCAGCAAAGAUCACAAUGUAAACAGCAACCAGGCAGCUCAGAUCAUUUCCCGGAUUUCCAGGACGGUGACAGAGACUAAAUCUGACCCAGAUACGGUCCUGCAGGACAAACGGUUUCAGCAGCUCCUUCUGAUCAUGCACAGUCAGGUACGUUAAUUACCCUGGAACACACAACCCUAUUAAACUCUGUGAUAAUGCCUGGAUUGGAGCAUGUUAAGACCUGCAGUGGUUAUGGUACUGCGGUUUUCUAUUCCUUUCCCAAGAGCUGAGCAUAAGUGAUUAUAGCUGCAGCAGAAAGUAGAGGAAUAGUGUAGAUGAAUGCAGCUUCCAAGACGAUUCUCCCCAGCAGAUAAAAUAUCCCCCAAACAUGAGCCUAGACUUCAUGAAGGGUGUAACAGGACUCAAGUUUAUUGAUAACACACAGGCUUUUAUGAGAAAUCCUCCUGCAAGAGGACCUCCCACAGCAAACAAAGACAAUAACCAAUCAACAUACAGAUUUACAGUAACUCCUGCCCUCUCUCUGCCUGGGAAAUAUUGAGAUAAGCUAAGUAAUAAACCAAUUAUCUCCAGGCAGAGGGCGCACAAUUUCCCCCAAAAUUAGAACAUCCCUUUCCACACAAGGUAUCCCCCGACCAACAUAUCCAAAUUUCACCCAGAUCGGUUCAGGGGUUCUUAAAAAGCAUGGAAGUCACAUUUUACCGACCACACACGAGGCUCCUGCCCAAAACAGUUUCACAAAUUCAACGUGUGCGGUCGGUCAAUUUAGAAAAAGGUAAAAACUAAUAAAAGUACCGAAUGGAUCCUCCUGGCUCAUAGGAGCGAUUGCUCCCCUUGUCUGUACGCACAAAACUACCGAGUGGUGCUCUCCUGGCGGUUUGGCAACUAAAGGAAGCAGGCGUUCGGUAGUUUCAGCGGUGGUUCGUGAGGUCGAGUGUCUGAUUUUGGUUCCAGACACUCGACGACCAAGUCCCGCUGCCUCCUUUCGUGCGAACAAGAUGGCCGCCGUUUUUUGUUCCACGUGGCAUUCGGUCAUACGAACAGCGGCCGCCCAGAGAGCGCUUAAUAGACGGUUCUUUUGAAGUUAAUGAGCCAGGAGGGUGUUCGGUGUUCUGUAGUUUCAAACUACCGAACCAAUAGAUUCAAUAUGCAUAAAAUAGUGUAGGAAAAAGCCUGAACGUAGAAGAAAAUACAGAACAAAAGUCUAUUUUCUUCACAGAGCAUUUCACUUGACACAUCCCAAUUAUCCAAUUUGUACUAAUUGCGAGAUGCAGACGUGUUUCUAGACUGUUUCUUUAAGAGGGAACUUCUUGGCUGAGAGUGUUUAUAGUUUACCUUGUGGACCUGUGACUUCUACAUUUCUAUCUUUGAGCCGGAUCAGCUGGUUUUUCUAGUGUUGAAUCACUUUAUACACAUUGAUAAUUUAUUUCAUUUAAGAAGCUUUCCAAAUGAUUCAAUUCUGUUAGAAAAUGUUCAAAAUGAUUUAUCUACAGUGUCACCAUUAAAUUCUAUGGAAAUGUUUGUAUAUAAAUAAUUUAGAAAGUUUUUCUGACAUUAUUGAAUCAUUGUGAAGGCUUAUUAAACUGAGACCCUUGUGAGAGAUCCCCUUAUGUACCUUUCCCUGUGCUCUUAAAAUGAGGUCAUGUAGAUUGUGUUUUUAGGAUUCCAUCCAAAGAUGGCAGCUUUGUCAAAUUCAGUACUGCCUGUUUACUGGCAAUUACUGGCCCAAAUGGCUGCGACAGUAAACCUGAGAAUCAUGGGCCCCUCUUUCCUCUUUCUAUGGAAUUUGGGGAUAUAUUGAUACUGCAAAUAUAUGACAAUAGAAGGAUGUAUGCAGGCCCUAUUAAGGUAGGUCAAUGCCCUUAUCUAUAUACUGUAUGUUGAUGUUUCUGUAAAUAAUAGAAUUUCAUUCUGUCUUCAAAUCUCUCAUAAUAACUAAUGUGCUCUUUGCCGGCUUCUUAUUUGGUAAAUCAAGAAUAUCACUAGUCUCUGAAAGACAAAGCUCUAAAGGAGCACUGUUGCCUAUUAGGAACCCAGUGCUGACAUUGUAAGUUCCAGCUGCCAGUUGUAGAAUUAGAACUCUCAUGCUGCCCUGCCUGUCUUAAUAUAGUUAAAGGAACAGCACACACACUAAAACAAAAAUUAGUGUUUUACAAUGCUACUUAAAAUCACCUAUCGUGGCAAACAAAUAUUGGGAUUCAGUUACACCAUGUGGCUAUAUUGUAUGAAGCCCACCACUAUGUCAUAGUACCCCGAUAUCGGUGGUAGUGUAGGAACCACCAAUAUUGGGAUUCAGUUAUUACAGCAUGUGGCUAUAUUGUAUGAAGCCCACCACUAUGUCAUAGUACCCCGAUAUCGGUGGUAGUGUAGGAACCACCAAUACUGGGAUUCAGUUAUUACAGCAUGUGGCUAUAUUGUGUGAAUCCCACCACUAUGUCAUAGUACCCCGAUAUUGGUGGUAGUGUAGGAACCACCAAUAUUGGGAUUCAGUUAUUAUAGCAUGUGGCUAUAUUGUAUGAAGCCCACCACUAUGUCAUAGUACCCCGAUAUCGGUGGUAGUGUAGGAACCACCGUUAUUGUGAUGCUAUCAUGUAGUGAUGGGCUUAACACAAUAUGGCCACAUGGUGCAACUGAAGCCCAUUAUUUGUUUGCCAGAUAGGUGAUUUUAAGUAGCCGUGUAAAACUGUAUUUUGUUUUUUGUGUGUGCGCUGCUCUGUUAACUGUAGUUUGUAUAGAUUUUGGUCUUUCAGGCAGCACUACUUUUAAAUGCAUGGUAUUGUUGAGCAUCAAGGGAGAAGUAGUUUUGCAAUAUUUUGGAAUUGGUCCUUUGGCCUUUCCACCUCUACACUAGAUGCGCUGAAGAAUGAUCUGUUUCUCCGUAGAUUUCCACCGUUUGGAAUGGUAAUCUUAUUCGUCUCCUAAAGAGCCUACAUGCGUUGGGGUUAAAUGAGACCAAACCACUUAAGUCCGUGGAGACGGAGGUCUGGUGGCGAUUGCGCAGACUUGGUUUCAAGAUGCUGGUUCAGCUGGUGGAUUUUUACAGCUCGUUACCUCGCACCAAAGAACGUAAGGAACUGAUUGGGGAUCUGAUUAAGAACUUGGAGUUACGAUGGACGGAGAUCGAGGAUGUGAGAACCGUAGUGACUCUGAUUACCAGGGUGGGGUAUAUCUCGAGCAGUUUUAUGGACCGACUCGAGGACAAGGUAUGGGAAUAUAAAUGCAGCACUCUCAAAAUGCUCCUAGUGGAGCUGUUACCCAUAAUACAUGGCUCACAGCAGCAGACCUGACUCAUUUUAGUAAUAAAAUGUACUAUUAUGCAAAUCAGCACCGACUCCAAAAAUGUUUCAAGUUUUGAUUUCUAAUUUAAAUGUAAUUUAUUUUCUAGUGAUCUGGUUUUAUUUGAAACUUUAGUUUUCAUUCCAGCUGAGCAAAAUCUCUAAUGUACAUAUAAGAUGGCGCGGAAUGUCUGUCAGUUGUAAUGUGAUCUUGUAGAAACUUUAUACCCAAGCUGAAUGGGUAGUUUAACAGUUUUAAUACUGGUGGGAUAAGUCUGAGUAGGUUUGUAUCCAUCCACCUUUCGUUCCAACAAAUGUUAGUGUGGAUUUAAAUGGUUUUUAUACAACCGUAAGUACAUGGUUUUAAAUUUUAUUAUGUUUUUGUUAUUUGUUUCCCAGGCUUUGGAACUAGCUGAACAUUUUACUCCUGAGGACAUCCGUAAGGUAAUGCUCUCUUUGGCAGCGCAGAACCGUCGCUCAGUGUCCUUACUGCGUGCACUUUCCUACCACUUAGUGCAGAAACAUGUGGCUCUCAGUCCCGCCAUCUUGGUCGACCUGGCAUUUGCUUACGGUAAGAUAUUCUUUGUUUCCUUGAUGGCAUACAGUGCUAGACAGCUGAAGGGACAGUGUGGCCCUUGAUAAUUUGGUAUUAGAUGACCCAGGACAGUGUGGCCCUUGAUAACACGGUGUUAGAUGGCUCAGGACAGUGUGGCCCUUGAUAACACGGUGUUAGAUGGCUCAGGACAGUGUGGCCCUUGAUAACACGGUGUUAGAUGGCCCCGGACAGGGUCACCCUAAAUAACAACAAACACACACUGAUAGGCAGCAACAAUUACUUAAGGUAUGAUAUUGUAAAUGUGAAGAACAUAUAGAGCAGUCUCGUCAAAUUCAGUACUGCCUGCUUCCUGGCAACUACUGGCCCAAAUGGCUGCCACAUAAACCAUGGAUCAUGGGCCCCACUUUCAUAUUCCUUUGGGAUUUGGGGAUAAAUGAAUCCAUAACAGCGAUGUAUGAGUACGCAUACUGAUUUCUCUGUGCAUCCCCGGGAUGGUCGGUAGGUGAACACUGGCUGUUAAAAAUAAAAUUAAUUUGAUUCUCUGCCAUCCUAGCCUGCUAGAGCUCUCCUAGUAUGGCUGCUAUAAGAUGUUUCUGUUUAGUAGCCUUUCUGUAAACAUAAAACCUGGUACAAGGAGUGAUUCUUCUUUUUUUUUUUUUUUUUUUUUUAAAGGAAAGCUGAAUUUCCACCAGACGCAGGUUUUCCAGAAGAUCGCAUGUGACCUUCUCCCUUUAGUGCCGGAAGUCAGUGCACAUGACAUAUCUCACUGUGUGAGGUCAUUCGCCUACCUCAAAUGGUCCAACAUGCCGCUGUUUGAAGCUUUUGCGCAGGUGAGUCAUAACAGCAUACUGAAUGAGAUCUGAUUGGUCCCUGCAGUGACCUGAGCACUUCCAGCUAGUGAUUGUGAUCCUGAAUCUGCUCUGCCUAGCUCUAACUUAAAGGACCAUUCUAGGCACCCAGACCACUUCAGCUUAAUGAGGUGGUCUGGGUGCCAGGUCCCUCUAGGUUUAACCCUUUUUUUUUUUUAUAAACAUAGCAGUUUCAGAUAAACUGCUAUGUUUAUAAAUGGGUUAAUCCAGCCUCCAAAGCCUCUAGUUGCUGUCUCAUUGACAGCCGCUAGAGGCUCUUGCGUGCUUCUCACUGUGAAAAUCACAGUGAGAAGACGCCAGCGUCCAUAGGAAAGCAUUGUGAAUGCUUUCCUAUGAGACCGGCUGAAUGCGCGCGCAGCUCCUGCCGCGCAUGCGCAUUCAGCCGAAGAGGCGGAGAGGAGGAGGAGAGCUCCCUGCCCGGCGCUAGAAUAAAGGUAAGUUUAACCCCUUUCCUCGCCAUCCAGCCCGGCGGGAGGGGGUCCCUGAGGGUGGGGGCACCCUCAGGGCACUAUAGUGUCAGGAAAACGAGUGUGUUUUCCUGGCACUAUAGUGGUCCUUUAACACUCAGCUUCUCCUGCUAGAGCCAGGACCCGGGUAAGGUAUCAAAUGGCUUAAACCGUUUAACAUCUUUCUGUGGAUUAUGCAAGGCAACUUCUGGCACCAUAACCGCUACUGCAAGCUAUAGUAUUUGUGGUCCUUGGUGUGUUCAUUUAAAUGCUUGCUGUUCGUGUGUGUGUACAUGGGUAAAUAUUUUAUAUAAAUGAGGGCCCAAGUGGUAUUUCUUUAGAACUUAGUUUUUUCUAUACUGUAAAAAAUAAUACAAUUCUUAUUAGAAUAAUAAUCGCAGUAACGGAAUUAUUGUAUGAAUUGGUGUAUUGCUCACUAAUGUACGUGUGUGUGUGCGUAAACAUGUCCAUGAAAUUACACCUACAUAACAUAUUUAAGCAAUGGUAUAUGUAUGGUUUAUGAAUACAUCCAGUAUCUUGCUAACUGACUCUUACAUUCUAUCUGUGAUUGAGCCCCUGCAGUGCAAUGUCUGACUGAUGGGGGUUUUUGCACUGUUGUGUAAUUAAGUAAUAUGAAGCUUUUUGUCCAUUCUAUUAGGCCAGCAUUGAUGGUACUGACAAGUUUACCGUGAAUCAGCUAUGUAACAUCAUCCUAGCGUUUGGCAGAUUGAACUUUCAGCCCAGCAACAAGGAGGAAUUCUACAGCAUGGUAAUUACAUUUAUGGAACAGUAUUUCUACAGAGGUCUCAGUGAGCAUGGGACCUGUCUACUAAGAGCAAAUAAACCAUUAAUAUCUAGUGGGAUCAGAGUGGGAAAAGAACUGGUAAGCGGGAGGUUGGAAUAAUUGGGGUAAUGUGAAAGGAUCUAGUGAGGAUGAGAUGGAGGGUCCAUUCCCAGAGUGUUGGAACCUGCAGUGGGUUAGGUCAGAGCUGGGUGUGUAUUGAAUGUGAGCCAUAUGUCCGAUAGUCAGAUCCACAGAAGAAGUGUAAAGGUGAAUUCAGUGUUAGUAUGCAAUAUUAUAAUGAGGGAGAGGGAAGACAUGUCCCAUGUCCGGUCAAUGGGAAGGAAAGAAGAAAAUGGUUUAAAGUUUGGCUGAAAUGUCAGAUCAGUUCUGCCUGUAGAUCCAGUGGAAGCAGAGUGUGGGAGAUGUCAUGGUGACCUAAUUCCAGUGUAGCCGCUUCUAUUCUGCAGCCUUGUCAAAUUCAGUACUACCUCAUUGCUGGUAGCUACUGGCCAAUAUGGCUGCUACAGGAAUCUGGUAGCUCAUGGGCCCCUCUUUCCUUAGUGGUAAUUGGGGAUAAAAUUGUGCUACAAACAAUAGGCAGCUAUAUACAAUAAAGUCCAAUCAGGGGGUGUCUGUAUGCCAUAGAUUAGUCAGGGGCUGGCUGUUUUAAGCAGUAGAUUCUUAUAUGUUUGGAGGUUGCAUGUUCUGUUCAGUAUUCUGGCUGUUGUGUGCAUUCAUGGAGAGCGUCUGCACUGCUUUCGAGUGCAGUGGUGGUGAUCGCAGAUUGGCUGUUGUUUGCAGUGGAUGGUGGGGUCAGGGCUGGCUGUGUGUGGAGUUAGAAGUGAUCGGGGGCUGGGUGUUGUGCGCAGUGAGGGGAUUCGGGGGCUGGCUUUUGUUUGUGGGGGUUGGGGAUCAGGGGCUGGCUCUGUGAAGUUGGUGGUAUUUUACACUUUUUAACUUUUUUUUUUUUUUUUGGGUGUGCCGAGAUAAAUAAUACCGGAAUGUCACUAUCCCUUUUCUAGAUUCAUCAACGGCUCCGUGGGGGACUGGAAAUGCUGGACCCGUAUCUGCUGGUGGACAUCGUGUGGUCGCUGUGUGUCCUGCAGCAGGCCAGUGGGUUCUAUAUACAGAGGGUCCUGGAGCCAGGGUUUAGAGAAAAAUUUUUUGGUAAGUAGCAUACCGUGCAGUGUGCUGUCAGCUUCCUGAGCCAGUAAUGGUAGUGUAUGUUUGUUAAAGGUUAGAGAUUUCAGCUUCUCAUUCAUAAGACUCUCAUUUCUUAAGACUGUUCUCUAUUAACUGCCAUUAACAAUAUUCCAUGUCAUAUUAAUGUAGACUGCUCCCAUCCCACAACAUCACCUAUUAAUCUGUAUGGAAAACCAGACGUAUUGGCACAUUUUAGAUUUUUACAGUAAUAAAUUGCCACAUGACAUGAAAAAGAUGCUUCACAGAUACAAACCAGGUGCCUGAUCCUGAUUCUUAAUCUCUGCUUGAUUUCAGCCAGACAAGAUUGUAAUAACUAACAGUGUACCUUUUACUCACCACUGCAUGACCGUGGAGUAGCUUAUAUACCAUAGGAUGCAAGACCCUUUGUAAGAGAAUAAUGAUGGUUAAGCCGUACGGUGUCUAUCUUGGCCAAAUGCCGCAGAUAUAUGGUUUAUUACAGUUUUUUUUUUUUCUUAUUCUAUUAAAGCAUUUCCCAGAUGACGUCUUCUUUUCUGUUCCUUAUAGCUGACAGUUCUCCCAAAUCUUCCAACUACAAACAGAAACUGACCCAUAUAAAUGCCACAGCGCUUCUCGAGGUUCCGGAUUACGAGGGGUCUCGGCUCCAGCCACAGGAGAUCCUCUCUGUUUCAGCUGCUAUGGGCGACAGGAAAUUGACACCUCUGCAGACUGGGUUGAAAAACGUGCUGUCGAACCUGUUUUCUGUGGAGGGGACCUGCCGAUAUGGUGUACAAACGAAGUACGGAUGGCCAAUUGGUGAGGAUAUAUGUUAGAUGUAGAAUGAACUGCUGUUUAACCCUGUAUGUCCCACAGCACACAGGUUUGAAUACCUAUUUUGAUACCUUUGGUUGGGCAAUUGCUUGGCCUGACGUAAGGCUGAGAAAGGAGACCUGCAGCUCUGGCUGUUAUACUCCUUUACCUUUGUUAAUAGAAUUAUUUUAUGAAUGUUUACCAGAAUAAUCCUGUGGAUGUUUAUCACGCUGAUUGCGGAGUUGUAGUCUCGUUAUUUUUACUUGUAAAUUGGCCACUGUUUGUGUGGCAUGAACAGAACUGAGCAAAAUCCUCUGGAUUUGGAUAAUCGUUUCCUUGCGGCCUUGUCAAAUUCAGCACGAGCUGGUCAGUGUUCGUUGCUGGCCAAAAUGGCUGCUACAGGAACCAUUACAGCAGCUCAUGGGCCACACGUUCAUACCCGUGGACACUGAGGAUAAAUGUGCUGCUGACAAACAAUCUUUGUAAAUGUUUUGUUUUCUGCCAUCGAUCCAUCCUCCGUUUCUUACCCUUAAUGUCAGACAUUGAGUGUUCCUCCAUGUUCUUACAUUGGUUCUCUUCUUUGGUCAAGAUGGAGAAGUUGUCCUGGACUCUGAGAACAAUCCCUUAUCACUACAGGAUCUGACAGCACCACAUCUUCUGCACCCGCCAGGGACCGUGCCAUUACCGCAGGGAGCCAGGAGGUAAAAUCACCUGCACCAGAAGGUGUCAUUAACCCCUUAAGGACACAUGACGUGUGACAUGUCAUGAUUCCCUUUAUUCCAGAAGUUUGGUCCUUAAGGGGUUAAAUCAGGACGCAUCCUAACUUUACUAACAAGGGUUAAACAUAGUGAGCGGAGUAGUGUGACCCCUGAUUCCUGCAAUCUCUGUGGCCAAAUUACAGUUUCCAUUAUUUGGUCUUCUCACACUGUUAUGGGUGGUCUUUCCUGGGUCAUGCUGAUCCCGGUAGUCCAUUAAAUGUGCUCAAAUCCUGCACUGUCCAGUGGUAACCACCAUAUUGUUAAAUCAUGCUUGAUGGUAUCAAACUUGGCAUGGCAUGGUGUUGGAUCACGCCUGUUUUAUAUAUUAAAUUUAUAUUUUCAUUAUUGCCCUGAAUAACCUGCAGCAGUAAUUCAGUGUGUAUUAUUGGGAGCCGUUUCCUGCUCUGGUACUUGACAGGUUAACGUCUGAUUAUGUGCAUUUUGAGGGGAUGACGAGGAGACUGAUGGAUAACCAGAUGUUUGAGGCCGUGCAGUGCCCUGCAUUGUUGAAGUGCUGCAGGGUGUAAAUUCCUUUCUGCCACCUGAAGUUCUAGCUGUGCCAGUAUAAACAUGUUGGCAUGUGUCUGAUUAGUGCAGUGGAAUAGUUUGUGUCACAGUACUGAGGAAACUUUGAGGCUUUACCCCCAGUAAGGCCCACUGUCAGGUGAAAAUGCCAUCUGUAGCUGUGUUUAUCCAGUUGGGGGGAAUGCGUACCACGUGUUGACUCCCGCUCCCCUGAUGUAUCUGCCCAGGCUGUAAUUAAAUCCAGUAGUUUGUGUAUAUUUUAUUAAGCUACAGUCAACCAUUGACAUUUCAUAGCUACCAGCCUGUUCUAAAUGCAAGCUAAUCACUACAGCCGUUGUGGAUAUGGUGUCAGGGCUACAUUAGUACCAUCCCAUUGUAAGGAGUCGACCGUUUUUGAAUGGGGCAUCUGCAGUGUGAUAUUGCUGUUGCUGUAAUAGCACUGUGACCUCUAUCCUGAACUGCAUUGGUUAUGGUUUUUAGAGUUUCUUGGAGAACAUUUAGAAAAAUAAAUGUCAGCGUCACUUUUCCAACAGAUCGAUUUACAGGAUGAUCUGAUUAUAUUGAGGGCAAUCAGAGUUCCCAUCUGUAAGAGAAAGAACUGUGCUCAUGCAAACAUUUUAAAAAUAUAAAGGAGCACUCCGAUGUAGUGGGUAUGGUGCCAGAAGCCACUCCCUGCCUCCACUAAUGCUGACACAGAGCCAGGAGCUUCUGCUUGGGGAGCCUCUGUUAGUUCUCCUGAGCUAAGCUCUGUAGUGCGUCAGCUGAUCUGUCAGUGAGCUAGGUGCUGUGUUAAGCUUAGCUCAGACAGAGCGUCUCUGGCUGGCCUGCAUCCUGUACUGGAGGUGGGGCAUGGACCCGAAGUAAAAAGUCAAACUGUUUUUAAAUAGAAUGGCUUCUUACAUUGGGUGGAGGAAGUCGGGAACCAUAACUGCUACAGGGCACUGUAGUUGUUAUGGUGCUUGGUGUGUUCCUGUAAUAAGUGCCAUUUUCUGUAAUACCCAGAAGUUCAUGUACAAUUGUUGUUGUCGGGCUGAUUUGUGCCCUGGUACCUGUAAUAAACUUGUAUCAUGGUAUCCGUAAUUUACAAACACAGCACGCUGAUUGUUUUCUGCAGUGAAUGAAUCGACUAAAUGCAUUGUUGAGCUAAUCUCGCCCUAUUUUUGCUCCCUUGCCAGGUUUGCCUUUGUGAGCUGGGAAUUCCCCAAUUUUAACUCUCGGAGUAAGGACCUUCUUGGCCGCUUCGCCAUGACCAGGCGGCAUCUCCAGGCUGCUGGGUUUUUGGUGGUUGAGGUAAGUCAUAUUGGCUGGAUUUGCUGCUGCUGAAUUAUUUAUUUCAGUUUUUAUUACACUAUGUGAAUCCAUUGGGAGAAUCUGGGAAUGAUUGUGCAAGUUAGGGGCUUUAACAGAUCCUAUGUGUGCAUUGCUGUAUUAUCUGUACGUCUCAGUCAGGGAGUGUGUGCUGUAUUAUCUGUACAUCUCAGUCAGGGAGUGUGUGCUGUGUAAUAUGUAUGUCUCAGUCAGGGAGUGUGUGCUGUGUAAUAUGUACGUUUCAGUCAGGGAGUGUGUGCUGUGUAAUAUGUACGUCUCAGUCAGGGAGUGUGUGCUGUGUAAUAUGUACGUCCCAGUCAGGGAGUGUGUGCUGUGUAAUAUGUACGUCUCAGUCAGGGAGUGUGUGCUGUGUAAUAUGUACGUCUCAGUCAGGGAGUGUGUGCUGUGUAAUAUGUACGUCUCAGUCAGGGAAUGUGAGCGUUGCCGUAUGAUCUGUACGUCUCAGUGAGGGAAUGUGAGCGUUGCCGUAUGAUCUGUACGUCUCAGUGAGGGAAUGUGAGCGUUGCCGUAUGAUCUGUACGUCUCAGUGAGGGAAUGUGAGCGUUGCCGUAUGAUCUGUACGUCUCAGUGAGCGAAUGUGUGCUGUGUCAGUCUGCUGCCCGAUACAUCGCAGUUAGAGGGUAAUAACCUCCAGUGUUCUUCCUGCUUCCCUAUGCCAGUCUGCUCCCCGAUACAUCGCAGUUAGAGGGUAAUAACCUCCAGUGUUCUUCCUGCUUCCCUGUGCCAGUCUGCUCCCCGAUACAUCGCAGUUAGAGGGUAAUAACCUCCUGUGUUCUUCCUUCUUGCAGGUGCCGUAUUAUGAGUGGUUCGAUCUGAAGUCAGAGUGGCAGAAAUCCGCCUAUCUGAAGGACAAGAUUAAUAAAGCUGUGGCCGAAGAGAUGGCCAGAUGAAGGUGUCCACAAGGAUCUCCCUGAUCUAAGGCUACAAGUCAUUCUGUUACGCAGAGUGGAGAGAAUGCGUGUAUAUAAAUGUAUCCUGUACAGAGCCGCUUGUUAUAUUGCACACUGGAACCUCGCUGCACUGAGCAUUGUGACAGUUUAAGUGUUCAUGUUUUAGGUUUCUUUAUUUUAACUAAGUUUCUGUUCCUUUGUGGGAACCAUUGGUUAUAUUAUAACCGGAGGAAGAAUCACAAUAUGUGCAGAACAAUAAACCAUAAUUGGUAACUGUGAUAA